AUGGGAAGAUCUCAAAGUAAAUAUUUGACCGUAAAUCUUCAUUAUGGGGGGACAUUUGAUAUUGAUUCUGAAGGUUCAGCAUACCUAGGUGGGGAGACCAUAACUUUUGACUAUGUGGACUGUACAACUAUGACUUUGAAUGAUUUCAAGUCCAUUGCAGAAAGGGAAGGUAUUUCUAAACCUAUGAGAGUGAAUGCAGCUCUGAUAGAAGAAAAUGAGAGGGUCAAGUUUCAUUCUGCAAUGACAAUGAAACGACACGUGCAAGCUCAGCAUCUUCUUGUUGAGACUGUCCUCCUUGCUGAGAAGAGGGAUCCCCGGCACCAAGAUGAUCGUCAAAUAAUUGAUUUGGCACUGUAA